ACGCGUUCUCUUGCCGGAGAUAUCACACUGCGCAUACGCUUUCUUUCCUUCCAGCUUCCAUUUCGCUUAAUUAUUUUUUCAGAUUGUUACCUAUAAAUUCUCAUGGCUCUUCACUUUUGUUUUCCACUCAAACGAGCUCAAUUCUGGCAUUUCGCACUUAAUAUUGAUUCUUUUAUUCUUUCAUUAUUUUUCUUCUGAUUCAAACAAAUCAUGGGUUUGAAAGGUUUUGCUGAAGGUGGAGUGGCUUCCAUUGUAGCUGGUUGUUCUACCCACCCUCUAGACCUCAUCAAGGUCCGUAUGCAGCUUCAAGGUGAAUCUUCUCUACCCAAAUUCAACCCCAACCCGCAAUUUUCUUCUCAGCUCCGGCCCGCGUUAGCCUUCCACGGUAAUCCAUCGAUGACUGUUAAUGCGGGCUUGAAUGUUGACCCGUUCCCACAACCCAGAGCACCCGUCAGGGUGGGACCCAUUUCUGUGGGGGUGCGGAUUUUCCAGACGGAGGGUGUUUCCGCUUUGUUCUCCGGCGUCUCCGCCACGAUGCUCCGGCAGGCGAUGUAUUCAACCACUAGGAUGGGGCUAUAUGACGUGUUUAAGCAAAAAUGGGCCAACCCCGAAACAGGAAACUUGUCUCUCGGCCGGAAAUUGGUUGCCGGCUUGUUGGCCGGCGGUGUAGGGGCGGCGGUUGGGAACCCGGCGGACUUGGCCAUGGUGCGCAUGCAAGCCGACGGGCGGCUCCCGGCUUCACAGAGGCGGAACUACAAGGGCGUUGUGGACGCGAUCGUGAAAAUGUCGAAGCAGGAAGGGGUUGCUAGCUUGUGGCGCGGCUCAGGGCUUACGGUGAACCGCGCGAUGAUCGUUACGGCGUCGCAGCUGGCCUCCUAUGAUGAAAUCAAGGAGGCGAUCUUGGAGCGUGGGGUGAUGAGUGAUGGGCUCGGGACCCACGUUACGGCGAGCUUUGCGGCGGGGUUCGUGGCGGCGGUGGCGUCGAACCCGGUGGAUGUGAUAAAGACCCGGGUGAUGAAUAUGAAGGUGGAGCCAGGGGUGGCGCCGCCGUACUCCGGUGCAUUGGAUUGUGCCGUCAAGACUAUUAGAUCGGAAGGGCCGAUGGCUCUCUACAAAGGCUUCAUUCCCACAAUUUCUAGGCAGGGACCUUUUACCGUGGUCCUCUUCGUGACACUAGAACAAGUUAGAAAGCUCCUCAAAGAUUUCUAAUUCUUUGUAGUCCAAAUUAUUAAGCUACUGAUACAACAUACAAGUAUUAAUUCUUAGUACUUUAUACACAUAAAGCAAACUCUUCUUGAUCUUUCAA